AUGGUCGAAUCAUCGUUGUCCAUACGGUCGCAACCAUUAGGCUUAACAGCAACAAACGAGCAUGAUACGACAGAUCUCCAAGCCAUCACAACUACCCAGAGUAAUACCUUCUCUUUAUCUGCGGUGGAACCAGUGGAUGUUCAGAUACGAAAUCUAUCUGUCAGCGUCGAUAUCUCUCCUUCAGCAUUUUCAAUAGAACGAUUGAUACCACGAAAGAGAGCCCAAGAUGAAGUCGCCACACCCACCACAAAACGAAUACUGCACUCAGUAUCUGCCUCGAUGCCGGUCGGUACACUUACUGCAAUUAUUGGUGGCAGUGGUUCGGGGAAGACAACCAUGUUGAAUACAAUGGCUGAGCGAAUGAUGAGUAGUCGAUUGACGAUUGGUGGAACUACAACUUUCAAUGGCAUGGAAGAUGUGCACAGUAUUCGAAGCGCGUAUGUUAUGCAGCAAGAUGUAUUACUAUCGAGUUUGACAGUUCGAGAAACUUUAAGUUAUGCCGCAGAUCUACGACUGCCGCCACCAACAACUGAAGAAGAGAGACGGAAGGUUGUGGAUGAGGUAAUUCUGGAGCUUGGCUUGAAGGAAUGCGCCGACACACGAAUUGGAAGUACUCAACACAAGGGAUGUUCUGGAGGCGAAAAGAGAAGAACCAGCAUUGGCGUACAACUAUUGAGUAACCCAAGUGUCUUAUUUUUGGAUGAACCGACAACUGGGCUCGAUGCUACUAGUGCAUUUCAAUUAGUCAGAACUCUCAAAGGCUUGACCAGGAGAGGUCGCACGAUUGUCACGACAAUCCAUCAGCCUAGAUCGGAAAUAUGGGGGAUGUUUGACGGCCUAGUAAUCUUGACCAGAGGCAGUCCGGUGUAUUCUGGCAAAGCUGCUGACUGCUUGCCUUGGUUCAAAGGCAUUGGAAUGGAGCUCCCACCAUUCGUUAAUCCUGCGGAGUUCUUAAUUGAUAUCGCAGCUAUUGACAAUCGCUCACCUGAACUCGAGAGAGUCUCGUUUGCAAGGGUUGAGAGUUUGAAACUUGCCUGGGCAGAAGAGAAUGUUAGAAGGUUCGUUCAAGACAGUGAGAAAGAUACAUCAACUGUGAUGCCAAAUACACAGAAUCUUAGAUCAAAAAAAUGGAUACGGCACUCUCCCUUCAUCCGUCAGACUCGUGUGUUGACUUCUCGAACCUUUGUCACAACUUAUCGCGACCCUAUGGGCAUGUUUGGAUCUCUUGUAGAAGCAAUUGGAAUGGGAAUCAUGAGCGGCUGGGUGUUCUUCAACCUGCGAGAGGAUCUUUCUGGUAUUCGCAGUCGUGAGGGAGCACUCUAUAAUGCUGCGGCGUUGCAAGGGUAUCUCAUGCUUUUGUUCGAGACAUAUCGCCUGACGAUCGACAUACAGCUUUUUGAUCGCGAGAAUAAUGAGAAUGUGGUUGAUGUAAUCCCUUUUUUGUUAAGUAGAAGGAUUGCGAGGUUCUUUACUGAAGAUUUUCCGGUUCCGCUGAUCUACUCACUCAUAUUCUAUUGGAUGGCAGGUUUCAGAUCAGACGGUUCGACGUUCCUUACCUUUUUUGCCAUUGUGCUGCUCUGUCAAUAUAUCGCAGUCACUUUUGCCAUGACGUGCAUAGCAGCUUCAAGAAACUUUCCUGGUGCAUCUCUCAUUGCAAAUAUGGGUUACACAGUUCAGAGUUUUGCUUGUGGCUUCUUUAUUCAAAGUAACUCCAUACCAGUCUACGUGCGUUGGCUGAAGUGGACAGCUUACGUCUUCUAUGCCUUUGGAGCUUUGUGUUCAAAUGAGUUCGUAGGUCAAUUCUAUGACUGCCCCUACGAAGGUGGAGAGUCAAAUCCGCAAUGUGUUGAAUACACUGGCGCAUUUGUAAUAGAUUCUUUGGGAUUUCCAGAUAAUUGGAUUGUUAGGCCAAUCAUUUUUCUACUCUGCUAUUCCAUCAUGUUUUACAUUCUUGCGGGCAUUGGUUUGCGAUUUAUCAAAGUCGAAAUGACAAUUGCAAGAGCAAGAGGUUCGGAUGCGGACUUCUCUGCUGGGAAAGAGAAGAUGACAGUAAGGUCUGCGGCGGAGGUUAGAACUGUUGAUAUUGGCCUUGAUAAAUUUGCGCUAGAUUUAGAGAAACGAAAUUCCCUUGGGAGAAGACAGCCCACCAAAACCAUAUUAAAUCCAGUCACGGCAACUUUCCAAGCUGGAGUGCUAAAUGUCAUCAUGGGACCAUCAGGCAGUGGUAAAACAUCUCUUCUCAAUGCGAUGGCAUUGCGAUUACGUAACUCCAUUGGAACAAAGUAUCGACCAAGUGGAGAUAUGACUUUUAACGGUGCAGUGCCUUCGGAUUCAGUCAUACGAUCUGUAUGUUGCUAUGUUUGUCAAGAUGAUGAUGCACUCUUGCCUUCCUUGACCGUCAGGGAAACCCUUCAUUUUGCAGCUGGACUACGACUUCCAUCAUUCAUGACUAAGGAACAGAAAACUCGACGUGCUGAGGACGCUCUCCUGAAGAUGGGCCUGAAAGACUGUGCGGAUAAUCUUAUCGGCUCAGACCUUAUCAAAGGUAUAUCAGGAGGCGAAAAGCGAAGAGUGACCAUUGCAGUUCAAAUUUUGACUGAUCCAAGGGUUCUUCUCCUGGACGAACCAACUUCUGGCCUAGAUGCUUUCACCGCUUCAUCGAUCAUGGAAGUGCUUCAAGGCCUUGCCCAAGAAGGCCGUACUUUGAUACUUACAAUACAUCAAUCUCGCUCGGACACUUUUAGACAUUUUGGGAGUGUUCUUUUACUGGCGCGUGAAGGAUUUCCAGUCUAUGCUGGCAGAGGCUCUGAUAUGAUUUCUCAUUUCGAUAUGCUGGGCUAUCCGUGCCCUACAACAACAAAUCCAGCCGAUUUUGCACUUGAUCUUAUCACCAUCGAUCUACAGAAAUCUAGUCGGGAAGAAGCCACUAGGACCAAAGUGAGAGAUUUGAUUAAUUCCUGGUCCUCUGGAAAUUUUGCGAAAGCCAUUAUUCCCACUGCAAUAUCUACUCCUGCGGAACUUGGAUCUUUAGUUCGCAAAACAUCUGGCUUCUUCUCUGCAUAUCCCAUUCUCGUUCAUCGAGCGUCGAUAAACUUUCGCCGACAGCCCGACUUACUUAUGGCGAGGACCAUGCAAGUUUUGGGUCUCGCUAUCAUCCUCGCUUUGUUCUUCGCACCCUUGAAACACGACUUUUAUUCUGUACAAAACCGAUUAGGAUUCAUUCAGGAGUUUUGCGCAUUCUAUUUCGUUGGCAUGUUGCAAAAUGUUGCAGUUUACCCUAAUGAGAAGGAUGUGUUUUACCGAGAAAACGAUGAUGGCAUUUACAGUGUCGAAGCCUUUUUCGCACAAUAUACUACACUGGAGAUCCCCUUUGAGAUUUUCACUUCGUUGAUCUUCGCGAUAUUGACGGAUUUGGCUGCUGGGCUGCCUAGAAACGCACAAGUUUUCUUCUUCAAUACCCUAUUCUCCCACACUGGCUUCGCCGUAAACCUCACCAGCGUCUUUCUCUCCAUCGCCCAAUUCAUGUCUGGUAUCCUCUCCAUCAACAUGCCCGCCUUUCUCCAAGGUGUAAACUACCUCUCUCCCAUCCGCUAUGCGAUCCGUAAUCUUGCACCCUACACAUUAAGAAGUAUCGAGUUCACAUGCACAGAUGCGCAGAGGUUACCAAAUGGCAAUUGUCCGAUUAGCACGGGGGUAGAAGCACUAGAGUUGUAUGAUUUAAAUGACAAUCCGCUAUGGAAUAUCGUGGCGUUGGGCAUUUGUACACUGGUUUAUAGGUUGUUGGCUUGGGCGUUGCUGAAGGCUAUGAGGACGCAUUGGGCCAGUCUUAAGAAUAGGAAGAGCUUGUGA